AUGGCCAAGAUCAUCCUUUCCAUCAACGCCGGCUCCUCCUCCGUCAAAGUCUCCGUCUACUCGACUACCGAAGGAGCCCAAGACCCAACUCAGCUCGCCGAGGCGCAAGUCGACGGACUGACCGCACCGCCCCCAACCCUCAAGUAUUCGCGUGGAGACGAGAAGAUCAAGGGCAAGAAGCUCGAGGGAAUCAACUCCCAGGAGGAUGCAUUUAGGUAUAUCCUAGAUCACCUGACGAACGAUAAGGGGCUGCCGGAGCUCUCGCAUCGGGAUGACAUUGGCUUCGCCUGCCAUAGGGUUGUCCAUGGAGGAGACUACCCGAAGGCGCAGCUGAUUGACGAUGAUACUUAUCAUCACAUUGAGAAGCUGUCUGAUCUAGCACCGCUCCACAACGCCGGCGCCCUAACCAUCGUCCGCGCCGUCCACCACGAACUCCCCCGCGCAUCCAACAUCGCCUACUUCGACUCCUCCUUCCACUCGACGCUGCCUCCCCACGUGCGCACCUACCCAAUCGACCCGACCGUCGCCUCACGCAACAAGCUGCGCAAAUACGGCUUCCACGGCAUCUCCUACUCCUUCAUCACGCGGGCCGUCGCCGCGCACCUCGCCAAACCCCUCGAAGAACUCAACAUCAUAGCUCUGCAUCUCGGCAGCGGUGCCUCCGCCUGCGCCAUCCGCGGCGGGAAGAGCGCCGACACGAGCAUGGGCCUCACGCCCCUCGCCGGGCUCCCCGGCGCAACGCGCUCCGGCUCCAUCGACCCGUCCUUGAUCUUCCACUUCACGCACGACGCCGGCCGGCCCAGCAGGCAGAGCAGCAAGGAACUGCACAUCACGGAGGCGGAGCAGAUCCUGAACAAGAAAUCCGGGUGGGCGGCGCUGACGGGGACGACGGACUUUGGCGAGGUGAUUGGACGCAUGGAACGGGGGGAUGAGAUGGCGAAGCUCGCGUUUGAUAUCUUUGUUGACCGGAUUGUGGGGUUUGUCGGGAGUUAUUAUCUUAGUCUUGAAGGGGCGGUGGAUGCGUUGGUGUUUGCGGGCGGGAUUGGGGAAAAGGGAGGCCAGCUGAGGGAGGCGGUUGCGGGGAAGGCGAAGUGUUUGGGGUUUGAGAUUGAUGAGGGAAGGAAUAGGUAUGUGGGGGACGGCGUGGUGGAGGAUAUCGGGAAGGAGGGCGCGAAGCAUAGGAUUCUAGUGUGUAAGACUGACGAGCAGUUGGAGAUGGCGAGGAGGUGCGCAGCUGAGUGGGCCAAGUUCAAGCCGGGAACUGAGGAGGUGGAUAUGCCGGGGGCGUUUGCGGGAUGA